GAAUACUUAGCCCCGAUGAAUUCAGUUUCACCACAACAUAUUCACGCAUUAAUCUCCAGUUUGCAUUUUCUCUAUAUUGAUCAUCAUGGCUGCCAUCACUUACGAUCAUAAAGUUACUUCCUCAAUCCCACCGGCAAGGCUUUUCAACGCUUUCAUUGUUAACGGUGACGGACUCAUUCCCAAAGUUUUGCCUCAAACUAUCAAGAGCGUCGGAAUCCUCCAGGGAGAUGGUGGAGCUGGGACUAUAAAGGUUACCACUUUUGGUGAAGGAAGUCAAUUUAAGAGUGUGAAACACCACGUCGAGGCGCUUGACAAAGAGAAUUAUGUCUACAAAUAUAGUAUUUUAGAAGGAAAUAUCUUGCAUGAUGCAGUUGAAAAGGUUUCUUAUGAGACUCAGAUUGUGCCCUCUUCUGAUGGAGGAUCCAUUUGCGAGAACAAUAGUACAUAUUUCACCAAGGAAAAUGCUCAAAUCAGUGAAAAUGACAUUAAGGCUGGAAAAGAAAGCGCAAUCACUGUCUUCAAGGCCAUCGAAGCUUAUCUCAUUGCCAAUCCCGAUCUCUACUAAGUGAAUUUUCAGCGAUAUAUAUCGGAGCCUUUAGGUUUCUUGUGUCUCCAUGUUUGUGUAUGUGUGUGCGUGUGGUUUUUUCUUUUCAUUAAGUGAAUAGGGAAUAGAUGGCAUCGUACAUCUACACAUUAGUUUUUCUCUACUCGAUCUAUUCUGUUGCAGUUUUACAUCUUAUUUUAAUAAUCCACCUCUUUGGUUUGACAAAAGAGAAUUAUUAAAAAAAGGACGUGGGAGAAGAAUUUUUCAUUGUAUCAUUUUGCUCGAAUCAUUGAUGUUAC